GUCAGACACCGCAGAGAAUGUCAUCUACUAGGAAAAUACCAGUCCUUGAUCUGAAUCUUGCAGAGGAUCCCUCAACACGAGGACUGCUUCUUGAUCAGUUGCACGAUGCAUUAUUCAACAUCGGUUUUCUGUAUAUUUCCAACCACGGAGUCUCGGAAGAGAUCAUAAGUGCUUUGUCAGAGAAGCUUCCGACGCUCUUUCAUUUGCCGCCAGAACGAAAGAGGGAGUUGUCGAAAACUGAAUCCCCCCAGUUCCUUGGUUUCAGUGACUUCGCCCAGGAAGCCACUCAGGGUAAGCUUGAUUUGAGGGAGCAAUACGACCUUGCCACGGAACUGCCCGAGGUCUACCAGAAGGAUGCAGUCCCGAACGACCGGGGAAGAAAUUUUUCAAACUUGUACUGGAGGCUCAGGGGCCCAAACGUGUGGCCGUCAGAGAAUGAAGUGCCUGGCUUUAAGAAAGCGGCUAAUGAGUUCGUGCAUCUCGUGGAAGAAGCAUUUGGCAUCCCAAGAGGGACAUUCGAUAGCUUCUUCAACGAGGAUGCCGCUUCCACCGCCGCCGAUGCCAACCCGGAGAGCGACUUUCUUCCUCCUCAACAUCGGCUUAGACUCAACUUCUACCCGGCCAUGCCGCCAGAGCAAGAGGGCCAAGGUGUAGGCCCGCACAAGGAUAUGGCUGGAUGGCUCACCUUUCUCCACCAGGUCGGCUCUGAAUGCGCCCUGGAUGUGCAAGGCAGAGACGGCAGUUGGAUUUCCGUCGACCCAAUCCCAAACACUCUCGUUGUCAACUUAGGCUACGCCUUUGAAGCGGCCACCGAGGGUGCAGCCAGAGCCACAGUUCAUCGAGUAAGGGCACCUUCACAGAAAGAUCGAUACUCGAUCCCCUUUUUCAUGGGUUUGCCACUCGAACUUAAGCUAUCAGAGGUGAGGAGUUUUAUCCCAGAGAGUGUCAAGGCGAUGAGACGCAAAGAACUGGAGAAUGGCGAAUGGGCCAUAGACAAGAAGAUCGAAACCUUUUUGGACCCGAGAUGGGACAGCAUCGGUGAAUCCGUACUGAGAAGAUUCAUUAGAGGAUACAAGGAAACAGCUCUAAAAUUCUAUGGGCAGGAGGUUUAUCAGUACUAUACUCAGUGA